UUUCACUGAGGAGUAGAUGCACAGGUAGAAACACAAAGUAUCUCUCAAGAUCGGGACUUGAAGUAAAAUGGAAGAAUAUCAACACCAGAUAUUCUUUGAAGCAAGGGAGCUAACAGAGCCAGAGAAGAACAAGAUCAGGAGAUACUUUCAGAAAAGAAGACAGUCUGGCGGAGGUGAUUGUGGAAGUGUAGAAAAGGUUGAAGAUAAAAUAUAUAAAAUCUGCUUUAAGGAAAAAAAAGACCAUGACAGUGUUUUGAAAAGAAAAUUACACACCGUCUGUCUUGAUUUUGGAGAGCUACACCUGACUGUGAGCCAAACCACUUCACUUCUCAGUACUAAAGAUGAGCCAACCACCAGUCACUCACAGGUAUUUACAAAAGCAAACACAAAAACAACUGAGAAGAGACAGCCCUUGGACGUUUUUCUCAUGUACUACCUGAGAGACAACCCUAAAGCGUCCAAAUUAUUAGAAAAGCAACUCUCUGCAGUCGACUGCACAUUUGAGUUAGAUUUUGAUGAAGAAGAGGUAGUCGUAAGGGGCGAAGGAGGAGCUUUUGGUGGUACUGCAGAGAAAUGGGAGCAACAGGUGGAUCUGGUCUUUGUUGAGUUCACAGAGCGCUUCUCCUGUCAUCAUGUGUUUGAGGCAAAACAAGUCAAAAUGCUUCUACAGGACCACUCCUUAGCAGCUGAUGAUGUAAAAGUAUACACAGAGAGUGGUUAUGCUGUGGUAGUGGGAGAUGUUCAGGUUGUAAAUGCGAGGAUUGAAACUCUGACGAGGAGCGUGUCGACCAGCAGGGAGGUGCCUGUUGUGCAGAAGCAGUUUAAUCUUGUCGAAGAAGAGUUUAGUCGAGAAAUGCGUGCAAAUUAUCCAGAGGUUAAAAUCACCAGGGGCAGUGCCAUGAUCAUCUUGGAAGGCCCCGACAAGGAGGUGCAGUUGGGAGAAACAAAACUUAAUGAACUGAUCAAGAGGAUAAAAGAAAAGAGACUUCAGCUUCCUACAGAUUUAAUAACUUUCAUAAGACUCAGUAGUGCCAUCUCAAAGUACCAAGCACGCUUCAAGCAGAGCCUCAGGCAUCCGGUUUCCCUACAGGUGGGUUCAGACCUGCUUCUUUCUAGUCUGUCCUCUGAUGCCUUGGAUGAGGCUGAGGCAGCAGUGAUGAGAGAUCUGAAUGUGGAGAGUGUGAACCUACAGGGUGCUGCAGCCGUACCUCCAGAUCUGGACAGAGUGAAAGAAAUUCUCAACAAAGCCGAAGACAAAGAAAACUCUGGUGAACUUAGAGUAGAUGUGAGCUUCAUCCCAGGAUCCAGUGGAACUGCUGUGACCAAGGUCCAACUAGUGGGCUACAGCGUGAAUGUGAACAAGCUCAAAGAUGUUCUUCAUGACUAUAUGAUCAAUCAGGUUGAGACUCAAAAAGUUCUGAAUCUGCUGCAACCUGUAGUGGUUGACUGCUUUGAUGGAGUUUCAGAUCAGGCCGAUUCAAAAGCAUCUCUAUCCAGGCUGAUGUCAGAUACUCUGGUCCUGAAUGGACCAGGGGCACAACUAUUCUUACAAGGAGAAAGUAAUGAAACCAAGGAGCUGUUGAAGAAGUCCUCUCAGGUCCUCAUCAGGGAACAGCAGCCAGUGUAUUCUCUAAGUACGAUAACAGUCCCUAAAGUGUACUCAAGGUCCCAAUACAGCAGCAUCUCCAGCACCAGCACAGCCAACAUGGCCACCAGCAGACAAUGGUCAAACACUACCAGCAGUACAACAAGUGUAACUGUCAAUAAACCUGUCUUGCAAAUCAAACUUGGUAGUUUGGUGGAUGAGCAGGUGAAUGUCUUGGUGGCUCCCAUGAUUUCCAAAUAUCUUACAUCUACUAAAAUUGGAAAAUGUCUACUAAAAAAAGCAGGGAGUGCAAUGCAGAUUAACUUUGACCUGGUGUCAGGAAAGACGUCCACCAAUGCUGGUAACGUUAUUGAAGUUGAUGCACCUCCAUCUCUGGGCUGCUCCAAGAUCUUCUUCAUUGAGUGUCUGCCAUGGGAUGGUGUCGGGGGCCAGAGCAUCCAGGCUCUUGGCACUGGGCUGAAGAGGUGUUUGGACCUCUGUGUCCAGCAGGGCUGGUCUUCAGUUGCCUUGACAGUCAUUGGACCUGGAGAGGCUUUGAAAUACCCCCUGCAAGAGGCUAUUCAAGUGCUGACUGACAACAUCCACCAGUUCGGAUUGUCUGCUUCAAGUGGUUCUCUCUCCACCAUCCAUGUUGUCAUUGAACCAAACUAUCCUGACUCUGAUGAGUGCUACCAUGAUGUAUACAGGCACCUCAGCUUCAACAUGAACCAGGGAGGCCAAGCUAUCUUCAGGUCCCUCACCAGUGAUCUUGAUGACUUAACUGUAACAGUAGGGGGGAAGGUUAAACUACAGGUUGUGUUUGGUGAUAUCACUAAUGAGACUACAGAUGCUGUGGUGAACUCCACCGACUUCACAUAUUUACAGACAGCUGUGUGCAAAGCCAUCUUAUCUGUGGCUGGAUCCCAGACUGAGGCUAUGCUGAGAAAUGCAACUAUAAAGAGGGGAGACGUUUUUGAAACCCUGCCUGGAGCAUUCCCUUGCAAAGCCCUUUUGCACGUGUGGGGAGAAAGCGAUGUUGGCGUCAUUGAACAAUUGGUUUGUCGCAUCAUUCAACUUUGUGAAAGCUCUGGAUACAAGUCUGUGGCCAUUCCUGCCAUCUGUGCUGGAAUUGGUGGUUUGGAUCCCAGUCUUGUGGCACAUGCCAUUACCCGUGGGAUCCACACUACUGUUUUGUCCAGUUCCCUUCAGAGUCUCACCAUCAUCCGCCUUGUCCUGAUCAAGAUUAAAGUUUUCUUGGCAUUUAAAAAGCAAACACUUGAUAUGUUUCCUUCUGCUGCUAUCAACACAUAGGUAUUCUCUCCUCCACUGGUUAUCAAUGUGAAAUCAAGCAUCCUUUGCACCAUCUCUAACAUUUGACAGUGCACCUUCAAGAUUAUAGGUCUGUGUAAACAAAAUGUUGACGAUGCCGGGAGACUACUCAAGAAUCUCUAUCAGACUCUCAAAGACUUUCAAAACUGAGGAGCUGGCAGGUCUCACUCAGGAUGAAGAGAAUGAUCUAAAGCAGCUGGUGGAGGCGUGUUCAUAGAGAAGGACCAGUCUGGCCAGGGCUGCUGGAAGGUGAGCAGGUUGAAAGAUGGAGUAAACUAGGUGAUGCAAUUGAUUCAUAAAUCUGGGAUAAAAAAUUAAAAUUCAAAACUGAAUAUAUAAAAAAAGUUCUGUGUGAAUUAAGGACAGAUGAAUUUAUGUAUGAGCAAUUGCAAUGAGUAAGUAUCUUAAGCCCAAAGAACUACAGGCAGCAAAUGGUGAAUGUGAAAUUGCAAGUUGCAAUUGGAUCACGUUUUAUGCCAACAUGAAAAAAUGUCAAGUGGACGGCUACUGGGAAUGGAUAAUUGUGAUUUCUAUUUAAAUCUUCUACUUAAAUAAAAGACGACUCAGAUAUCACUAAAGCGUUCAUACUGCUUUUUCACCCACAGAAAAACAUUAUUUGUGAGUUUUGUUUUGUUUGAAAUUUGUACUGUUCUUCUAAGCAUUUUCUAGGUUAUGAAAUUGGUAUCACCAUCACUGUCAUAAAUGCUUAACCCUUUACAGAACUUUGUUUGCAAGGCUUGCAUUUUGUCUAUAAUUCAGUGAAUAACUCUUUUCUUCAUCAUCUAUUAAAAACAUUAAUACCUCAUA